AUGGAGGGGGCUUCUUCGAGUGGGCAGAUCAUUGUUCCUGCUCUUUCUGUGCAAAUUCCAAAGGAUGCCUCGGGGACAAGUUUGUCCACUGCUACCACGCUAAAGGUUCGCAGUCUUGCCGCUGGCCAGGUGGACCGGAUCGUAUCGGCGGCGUUACCGGAUGGUAUGCUUCUGUCGAAGGAUGCUCGUACCGCUUUGCAAAAGGCAGCUACACUCUUCCUGUUCUACCUGUCAUGUCUUGCUGAGGAUGAACGAUCUCGGGACGCAACGAAACGGGUGACACUUUCGGCACAGGACAUAAGGUCGGCGCUAAAGGCUGCCGGCAUGGCUCAUUUGAUACCGCUGCUCAGCACGGGUAGUCAUAUGAAGCGUCACCGUACUUGA